GGGCAGUCAGUGUGAGGCUGUGAAGGCCGAACCGCGCAUCAUUGCUUCGCGGUUAAUUAUUUUCUAUUUGGUCUAUCUGUCUCUUUCUUUCUUUCUUUCUUUUUUUCUUUCUCUCUUUCUCUCUUUCUCUUUCUCUCUUUUUUCUUUCUGUCUCUCUCUUUUUCUCUUUCUCUUCUCUCUUUUUCCCUCCCUUUCUUAUACACAUACCACACACAUAUAUAUAUACGCGCGCGCGUGUGCACACACACACAUUUCUUAGAAUUUCGCGAUCAUAUACACGCAGGUAUAAACAAAAAAUAUAAACAAUAAAGAGAAAGAAAUAUAACUUUGAUAGACGUUGGUGUUCAGUGCGUGGCCCGGCAUUGCGCCAUUUCAAGUUGCGCCACGCGUUGCGCCACGCUUCCGCGCGCGCGAAAAUUCUGCGUAACGCGUCGACGCGCCGCCGGUCGCGUGUGCGUUUCCAUCCGCACGGUGUUUGGUGCAUAUGUGUGCUUUCACGCUUUUGCCGUUAACAAAUUUUAAUGCGGACGAAAGGUACAGAGAUUCGAAUCUCGUGACAAAUUUUUUUAUCUGUCGAUAAAAAGAGAUACAAAGAUAGAAAGAAAGAACGUGAGAAAGAGAGAGAGAGAGAGAGACAGAGAGAGAGAGAGAGAUCGUAGAUCGAUCGAUCGAUCUUAGAAUAUUUUAUGUAGCCGACGGACACAAACCUGGCCUUCUCUCUCGCGCGUAUCGAUGGAUCCGAUCGUCCUAGAAAUUAAAAGCAGCGCGAUACAAUGUUAUGACUCGCUUUGGCGCCACUCGCACACAUCGUCGGAUAGAUUAUAAUAUAAAUAAAGUAUGCCUGCUGUACUCAUUUCUCUGGCAACCUCUGACCUUGUGGGUCCCGGAUGCCCUGCCAACUCCUUAUCGCUGGCUUUCAGUCUUUUUUAAGCUCAUCGGUCGUCGUUGAACGAGAACGAAAUACGAGUAAAAGCGCUGGCGAGAUCGGUACUCAGCAGCAACAGCAGCAUCAGCAUCAACAUCAGCAUCAACAUCAUCAUCCGCAUCAGCAGCAGCAACAACAACAACAGCAACAACAGCAGCAACAACAACAACAGCAACAACAAUACGGCGAGGUGAACCAAUUGGGUGGAGUAUUUGUGAACGGCAGACCACUACCAAACGCAGUACGUUUGAGAAUAGUCGAGUUAGCUCAAUUGGGCAUCAGACCCUGCGACAUUUCACGACAACUCCGAGUCAGCCAUGGAUGCGUCAGUAAAAUACUCGCACGUUACCAUGAAACCGGAAGUAUAUUGCCUGGUGCAAUCGGUGGAAGCAAGCCACGUGUCACCACACCUAAAGUCGUACAAUAUAUAAAGCAACUUAAACUUAAGGACCCUGGUAUAUUCGCUUGGGAAAUAAGAGACCGUCUCCUGUCCGACGGUGUCUGCGACAAAUACAACGUGCCAUCGGUUUCGAGCAUAUCAAGGAUACUACGGAACAAAGUUGGAGCUACCACGACGAUGCAUCAUCAUCCGCAUCAUCCAGCUCAUCAUCAUCAUCAUCUUUAUGCAGCCGCAGCGGCUGCCGCUGGUGCAGCACUGUGUCCUGUUCCGUAUCCACCAGCACCAUAUCAUGCGACGCCUUCGCCGACCCAUCAUCAUCAUCAUCACCAUCAAGUUGGUACGUCAACGGCGAUCAAGCUGUCCACGUCAUCGUCAGCAUCCUUGAUAUACACCAGUGGUGAGAUCCAAGCGAUAGCAGCAACGACCGCAACACUGACGGCACUAUCAACAACAGUAACAGCAGUGUCAACAAUUACAACGACGACGACGACAGCAACAAUGGCGGUCGCGGCAGCUGCAGCAACAACAGCUGGUAUUCUUCAGUGGCCGAGUCCUCACACUGUCCAGGAUAUUUUAUCGAUUGGCGUCACUGCGAAUGGCACACCAAGUACCACUUACUCCUUUCCUGAUUCACCUGCUUGCACGAACAUUCUUCUCAACAACAACAAUAACAAUCACAUUACCAACAACAACGUUAGUUACCACGAUCUUUCCCAUCGUCACCAUCAUCAUCAUCAUCAACAGCAACAACAACAGCAACAGCAACACAGUCAAUUGCAUCAUCGGCAGAAUAACGACGGUACCUCAGGGAGCAAUAACAGCAACAAUAAUAAUAGUAAUAAUAACGACGACAGCAAUAACGGCAGUAGUAAUGCCAGUUGCGAUAGCGUCGGUAAUAAUAAUAGAGAAACGACACCGAGUGGGUACCAAAGUCUCUCUUAUCAAGCUCAUCAUCAUCAUCAUCAUUAUCAUCAUCAUCAUCAACAACAGCAGUAUUAUGCUUCCGCGCUCUAUCACCAUCAUCACCAUCAUCAUCAUCAUCCAGAUAGCGUGAGACCGCUCGCGGCCGGCUCGCCUGUUCUCUCGCCGGUUCUUUCGGUCCAACCGAUAAUGAUGCAACUAUCGAGUAGUCAACCUGCCAGUCCGUGUAAUUAAUGGUCGAUAGACACUUUCUCGAUAUGUGUUCA